CCUCGACCUUUUUGUAAGUUUAGGAUGGAGAUCCACUUGCCCACAACAAUAAUGGACCCCACAUUAAUUUGCAAUGGAAGAAAAAAGGCAACAAAUUUGCAUCAUCUGAUAUUUUCGCCGGCCGGGUCCAAGCCGUUCACCGAAAGAAAUGGCGAGCAGCGAAGGAAGCGAAGCGGAAGAAGAAGAGAGCUUGGAUCAGUUACCAGCGGCUCUACUGGCCACCAUACUAACGAAGCUGGACGUAGCCUCGAUCUGCUCCGUCGCUUCCACAUGCAAGAUCUUCAGGGCCUGCGCUUGUCACAUCCUUACCUUCAUCCCUAACUUUCACCUUUCCGAUAUUGCUCUGUCGGUUGAUUUAUUGAGGCCUCUGUUACCUCCCAAUCCCUACCUAAGCAGCUUGAAAGUCGAUUGCGGUCGUCUUGAUGAUUCGGCCAUCAGUCUCUUGGUUCGGCCUUCAUUACACGAGCUUUGCUUGCAUAAUUGUGCGGACUUUACUGGAAAGUUGCUUUCUGAGAUUGGAGGAAAAUGUGCGGAUCUUAGAUAUCUCUACUUGGGUUCUGUUGCGGAAAAGAGAGGGCGGGCUAUUCAUAUAUCUGAUUUGGAAGAGUUACUCAGUGGUUGCACACAAUUAGAAGCAUUGACAUUGAUGUUUGAUGCAUCAUUGUUUCUGCGCCAUAAUUUUGCUCGAGUUUGGGCUUUGGCUUCAGAAAAACUUACUUCCCUUGAGAUUGGUUAUGUUUCUUCAGUAAUGCUGACUGAACUGCUCAGCCCCAGUGUUGGACCCCAUCAAUCACCAACCAAUAUUAGACCAUCCAUUUUGCCUGGCAUUCAGAAAUUAAGCCUUUCUGUAGAUUACAUUACUGACACUAUGGUUGGCACAAUUUCAAGAGGGCUUAUGUCUUUAACACACUUGGAUCUUCGAGACACACCCCUCAUAGAACCAAGAGUUACAUUUGAUCUCACCAACUAUGGCCUUCAACAGAUUAACCAGCAUGGUAAACUGAAACACCUCUCAUUAUUUCGAAGCCAGGAGUUCAUGAUUACAUACUUCAGACGAGUUAAUGAUCUCGGGAUCCUCUUAAUGGCUGACAAGUGCACAAACAUGGAAAGUAUAUCUCUUGGGGGGUUUUGUCAAGUUACAGAUACAGGGUUCAAAACUAUCUUGCAUUCUUGUUCCAGUUUAUACAAGCUUAGGGUGUCUCGUGGGAUCCAUUUAACUGAUUUGGUUUUUCAUGAUAUGUCUGCAACAUCGCUCUGUUUGACUCAUGUUAGCGUGAGAUGGUGUAAUCUUCUAACUAAUCAUGCAAUAAAAAAUUUGGUAUCAAACACUCAUCUUAAAGUUCUUGACUUGAGAGAUUGCAAAAACCUUGGGGAUGAAGCUCUCAAAGCCAUUAGUAUUCUUCCUGAGUUGAAGAAUUUACUUAUGGAUGGAUCUGAUAUAAGUGAUUCAGGAUUGUCAUACUUAAAAGGGAGAGUUAUUAGUUCAUUAGUUUCAUUGUCGGUGAGGGGUUGCAAGAGACUUACAGAUAAAUGCAUCUCUGCUCUAUUUGAAGGCUCUUAUAAGCUAGAAUUGCAGGAUUUAGAUAUAUCAAAUCUUCCUCACCUCUCUGACAAUGGAGUUCUGUUGCUAGCAAAAUGUCGAGUGCCAAUCUCAGCACUUCGAAUGCGACAAUGUCCACUCAUAGGUGAUACUUCUGUCAUGGCAUUAGCCUCGAUGCAGGUUGAUGAGGACAGAGGGCAUGGGAGUAGCUUGCACUUGUUGGAUAUUUACAACUGCGGCGGAAUUACACAGCUUGCAUUCCGUUGGUUAAGGAAACCCUACUUUCCAAAGUUGAGAUGGUUGGGAGUUACAGGAAGUAUAAAUAGGGACAUUAUAGAUGCAUUAGCUAGGAAUAGACCAUUUUUACGUGUGGCAAGCCAUGCUGAGGAGCUGGGGAUUGACCAGUGGGAUAACUCGGACAGUUUAUACAUGCAUGACUAUGAUGAGCUAGACGAACUUGAACAAUGGCUUCUGGAAGGAGAGGUUGAGAACGAGGAUGAAGAGAUGGUAGAUGCUGAAAUUAAUCCAUUGAUGUUAUAGUGACUUGCCACAUAAGAUUGUAUUGUACCUGUGCCUGUAUCUAUGACUAUUUGUAUAUUUUAUGAUGAUUGUGCUCUUUGUAUGUAUUUGUAUAUAUGCUGUAACUCUUUUACCAUUUGGACUUCAGCUGGAGCUGAAACUUUGUUUCUUCCCCCUUUGUAUGUUUUAUUUUUCCUUGUUUCAGAAUUUGAAUGGUCCUCGUCUCUCCGUUGUGAA